UCGAAGAGUAAAAUACGCGCCCGUAAAGAAUAUAUGUUUGUUGCGUCUGCUGCAAAGCACCAAACAUCAACACAUCGUAUCAACAUCGUUAGCUUCAACAUAAGUAUGGUUGACUCAUAAAUUCGUACGAUCAAGUAUGACGCAAGCAUAGUGUGAACAGGUGUGAGUGGGAAAGCAACCGAAGCCUACAACAGAUACGCUUCGCUCGAUCACAGGGGAAGCAUUCGUGAACCGACCAGCAACAAGUGAAGGUGUUUUUUGUGAACCUUGUCUGCGAACUCAACGCUAAACAGUCAAAAUGAAAUUAAUUGCGAUAGGAGUGAUUCUUGCAACCAUUGGCUUCAACGCAAUCAAUGCGCUAAAGUGUAUGCAAGGUAUUGAAGUGAGCAAAGGCGAUAACAAUGAGGUGCAAAAGAGCGAUAACCCGCUGGAAAUUACGGAAUGCGGAGCUACGGCAGCUGUGUCCUCGACAGCAUUGCUGUUCGCUGUCAAGCCCAGCAUAAUCAGUUUUCCCUCCGGAGACUACAAAUGCUAUCAUCUGAAGUACGAGGAGAAGAAUAGCGACACCUCGACGAUCAUCAAGGGUUGUAUCUACAAUUCCCUGAAUGUCUGCGAUGGGAAGUACUCAUCGAGCAACACCAAAGAAUCCUUCUGCAGCCAGUGUGAUAUGGAUGGUUGCAACUCGGGCGAACGGUUCGCUUUCGAUUUCAAACUUUUGGGCCUAACAUUGGUCGCUCUCGUAGCAUAUUUGGUGAAAUAAACAGUGCGUUGUUAUGAGUAUGAAUCAUAAGUGUUCACAUCAGAUAA